AUGGCCUCCCCGCCCACUCGAAACCCUGGGGACCCUGACUUGCCUCCUGGGCUGCCGCCGGAGGCUACAGUCCCAGCCAACCAGAGCGCGGAGACCUCGGGGGGCAACGGGUCGGCCGCGGGCUCGGGCGCCCAGGCCCUCACGCCCUUCCACAGCCUGCAGCUGGUGCAUCAGCUGAAGGGGCUCAUCGUGCUGCUCUACAGCGUCGUGGUGGUCGUGGGGCUGGUGGGCAACUGCCUGCUGGUGCUCGUGAUCGCGCGGGUGCGCCGGCUGCACAACGUAACCAACUUCCUCAUCGGCAACCUGGCCCUGUCGGACGUGCUCAUGUGCGCCGCCUGCGUGCCGCUCACACUGGCCUACGCCUUCGAGCCACGGGGCUGGGUGUUCGGCGGCGGCUUGUGCCACCUGGUCUUCUUCUUGCAGCCGGUCACCGUCUACGUGUCGGUGUUCACGCUGACCACGAUCGCGGUGGACCGCUACGUCGUGCUGGCGCACCCGCUGCGCCGCCGCAUCUCGCUGCGCUUCAGCGCCUACGCGGUGCUGGCCAUCUGGGCGCUUUCCGCGGUGCUGGCGCUGCCGGCCGCCUUGCACACCUACCACGUCGAGCUCAAGCCCCACGACGUGCGCCUCUGCGAGGAGUUCUGGGGUUCUCAGGAGCGCCAGCGCCAGCUCUACGCCUGGGGGCUGCUGCUCGGUACCUACCUGCUCCCCCUGCUGGUCAUCCUCCUGUCUUACGUCCGGGUGUCGGUGAAGCUCCGGAACCGCGUGGUCCCGGGCUGUUUGACCCAGAGCCAGGCCGACUGGGACCGCGCGCGGCGCCGCCGCACCUUCUGCUUGCUGGUGGUUGUCGUGGUGGUGUUUGCCGUCUGCUGGCUGCCGCUGCACGUCUUCAACCUGCUUCGAGACCUCGACCCGCGCGCCAUAGACUCUUACGCCUUCGGGCUGGUGCAGCUGCUCUGCCACUGGCUCGCCAUGAGCUCUGCCUGCUACAACCCCUUCAUUUACGCCUGGCUGCACGACAGCUUCCGCGAGGAGCUGCGCAAGUUGUUGCUAGCCUGGCCCAGGAAGAUAGCGCCCCACGGCCAGACCAUGACCGUCAGCGUGGUCAUUUGA